AUGGACUGCAACUGGGAACUGCCUACUCUGAGGGGCACAGUGAGACUAGGCGCCCAAACCAAGUCUAGGCUUAGCUCUACCCAGUUCUACGAUGUAAACUUUUAUCCCUAUACCGCUCCCGGUCUCGAUCCUGUUUUCGCUCUGUGCGGAGGUCGCUUUACUGUCAUAUGUCGGUGCAUACUGGACAAGAACAGCACCAUCGAAAUCCUGCGGUGGUUUGAAGAUGAAGAGAACACCACAGAACACGGCGCACCCGACGACAAGCACAUCAACUACAACAGUGUCGUUUGGUCUCAGGCGGAAAAUGGUGACCCGCUUGUGUGCGUGACCGGCGACUCUCGCAUCAAGGUCUUGAACGUCCGAACAGGAAAGCUCGCAACGACGCUGAUAGGUCAUGGCGAUUCUGUCAACGACCUUGCUAUAUCCCCAGUAGACCCCACUAUUCUCGCAUCCGUGAGCAUUGACCAUAGCCUCCGAAUAUGGAGCCUGCACCCGUCGCACGAAAAGCAACCGCUCGGAGCCAUCUGUUACGGACAAGGCCACAAGGAUCAGGUGCUGACGCUUGCAUACCAUCUGAAAGGACGGUACAUCCUAACUGCAGGUAUGGACACUAGGAUCAAUCUGUGGGCUGUACCCGAUGACCUCAAGAAGCACGCUGGAACCGAUAAGCCGGCCAUAGUGCACUAUCCGCAUUUCUCCACCACUGAGAUUCAUACUGACUUCAUUGACUGUGUUCAGUGGUAUGACAAUUUGAUCCUAAGCCAUGCGUGUCGCGAGAACAAAAUCAUACUUUGGAGUAUCGACGAGUUCAGUUCCGAUCGCUCGACAACGCCUCCUGCGCCGAUCCCCACCUCGAGCGCAGUUCACAGUAGGACUCCCGUUACCAUCCCAGCAAACUCCACCUCAAGCACUCGAUCCGCAUGGGGCGGGCGCUUCCAGAGGCUUCUACAAUUCGAACUGCCAUAUACAAAUCAAUUCUACAUACGAUUUUCCCUAUUUCACGAGCUUGGCCGUCAUCCGAUCUUGGUUGCGGGCAACGAGAGAAGUAAGACCUUCUUUUGGGACCUACAACGCCUGGAGGAUGCUGGAACUGGAGAGGAUGGCUCUUUGAACACAAAAGGUUUACUGCUAGGUCUACCUAGGCAUGUGCGUGAGGGAAGCUCAACAUCCACUACAUCAUCUGCUAUCAGCGCUGGCUCUGGCAACACUAAGGCCAAACAGCAGAGACUAAAAGAGCAGCCUCGCGAUCGAGGUAUAUCAGAUCCCUUUCGCUCGAUAAAAGCGCACAAAAUUGUUGAGACUCCAAAGUACAAAGCUUUCGCAUUCCGCCACUUCGCCUGGAGCCGUGAUGGUCAGUGGUGUGUCGGCGUCGGCGACUGUGGUACCAUCAAUAUCUUCAACCGUUGGGAAGAGAAGGGUGUUCCUCCAAUCGACCCAGACAAGGAGAUAUCCAGACAAGAUGAUGGCCCAAAGAUCAACAAGGAGAAAAUCAUUGACUCGCUAGAAGGUCUCUGUGAGGCACAUGCGCUGCGGCAGCAGAUGGCAGCAGACCAGGGUGAAUCGUUUGAAGAGGACCUACGGCCUCUUCUUGACGAAUAUACAAAACCAGCAAGAUUGCAAUAG